AUGCGUGUUGCACAAUACUACGCCACGGCUCUGCUUGCCGCAGUGUCCGCUGUCUCGGCCCAGGCCGUCAAGGGAACCGCGUACGGUUUCGCCAGUGGUGUCACAGGAGGUGAUGGCGGCGAGGUCUCAACGCCCACGUCCACCUCCGAGCUCGCCGACCUGCUGUCGGAUGACACAGCCCGCGUGAUCGACCUCACCCAGACCUUUGACUUCACCGGCACAACCAAGACCGCCUCCGGCUGCUCGCCAUGGGGCACGGCAGCAGCCUGCCAGCAGGCUCUUGACGCGGCUUCCGACUGGUGCGGUCGUGAGCAACCGGAUGCUCCUGCGGCUUCUAACCUGAAGUACGACACAGCUGCCCUGGAUGCGCUGAAGGUCGGCAGCAACAAGUCCAUCAUCUCCUCCAACGGAAAGGGUGUUCUGAAGGGCAAGGGUCUCAGCCUCACCUCCAAGGCCAAGAACAUCAUUAUCCAGGGUAUCACCAUCACUGACCUGAACCCCGGCCUGGUCUGGGGAGGUGAUGCUCUCGAGCUCGAUGGCAACGACGGUGUUUGGAUUGACCACUGCAAGUUCUCCCUGGUUGGACGUAUGUUCAUCGUCGCCCACUACAACCCAUCCCGUCUCACCAUCUCCAACACUGAGUUCGACGGUGAGACCACCACGUCCGCUACUUGCAACGGCAACCACUACUGGACGAUGAUGUUCUACGGAGAUGGUGACCAGGUCACCCUUGACCGCAACUACAUCCACGACUGCUCUGGCCGUGCCCCCAAGCUCGGUGAGGACGGCAAGACCUGCUACGUCCAGGCUGUCAACAACCUGUUCUCCAACAUGGAGGGUCACGCCUUUGAGGCCUAUGGCUCCGCCACUGCUCUCAUCGAAGGAAACGCUUUCGAGUCCGUCUCUCAGCCCUUCGACACGAACGCCCAGGUCGACACCUGCUACACCGUCGCCGACGCCAGCGCCGCCAGCGCCUGCUCCAGCUCCCUGGGCCGCGCCUGUCUCCAGAACACCCUCACCAGCUCCGGCGACUGGCCCUCUCUGGGCUCCACCUCGGCCCUGUCCGCCCUCGCCAAGUACAAGGACUCCCUCAUCACCCCCAUCGCUGUCUCCGAGGCCCAGGCCUACGUCCUCGCCAACGCCGGCCCUGAGAACCUGGCUUCCUACAGCGGCUCCGACUCCGGCAGCUCUUCCACCGGCGGCAGCGCCACCGGCGCUGCUACCUCUGGUGCUGCCCAGCCCACCGCUUCCGCCAGCGGCAAGUCCAAGGCUUACCGCUACUACAAGAUGUAA